UACAGCAAAUACGCGACUUUUUUAUUAUCAAGAACCCUCACUAAUAAUUUGGUUAAAGUCCCUUAGGAGCAAAUAGCUGAUUAUUUCUUCGAAUGAUGCUUGGGGUUUGAAAUAACAGAUAUCUUUAAAGGCGCUUUACUGUAAAGUAUACGUUACACAAUGACUGUUGAUGCCGAUGGGAAUAAAAUAGUUGUUUGUGACAAUGGUACAGGAUUUGUAAAGUGUGGAUACGCUGGAGCCACCUUCCCCGAAUUUAUUUUCCCAUCACUCAUAGGGAGACCAAUAUUGCGCGCAACUUCUCGCGUGGGCAAUUUGGAAGUUCAGGAUCUUAUGGUGGGUGACGAGGCAAGUGAAUUAAGACAAAUGUUGGAACUGAGUUACCCACUGGAGAACGGUAUUGUUAGAAAUUGGGACGAUAUGAUCCAUUUAUAUGACUACAUAUUCGGACCAAAAAAGAUGAACAUUGAUCCCAAACAUGCAAAGAUUUUGUUAACAGAGCCUCCUCUCAAUCCAUUGCGUAACAGAGAGAAAAUGGUUGAAGUAAUGUUUGAAAAAUAUGGCUUUAAUGCACUAUUCAUUGCCAUCCAAGCGACAUUGACUCUUUACGCCCAAGGCCUCAUGACGGGGGUUGUUGUCGAUUCGGGUGAUGGCGUCACUCAUAUAUGCCCAGUUUACGAUGGACUCUCUUUGCCGCAUUUGACAAGACGUUUGAACGUCGCCGGUCGGGACAUAACACGCUACCUUAUUAAACUCUUGUUACUGCGUGGUUACGCAUUCAAUCAAACAGCAGAUUUUGAAACGAUCCGCCAAAUGAAAGAGAAGUUAUGUUAUGUGGCGUACGAUGUAGAGCAGGAGCAGAAUCUAGCUCUGGAUACAACGGUUUUGGUGAAAAAAUAUACGUUACCUGAUGGUCGUGUUAUCAAAGUAGGCGGUGAAUUAUUCGGUGCACCAGAAGCUCUCUUUCAGCCUCAUCUAAUCGAUCGUGAAGGUGUCGGUAUAUCAGAAUUACUAUUUAAUACAAUCCAAGCUGCUGAUAUUGAUACAAGACCAGCACUCUACAAGCACAUAGUAUUAAGUGGUGGGAGUACAAUGUAUCCUGGUUUGCCAAGUCGUCUUGAACGUGAAAUUAAACAGUUAUAUUUACAAAAUGUACUAAAAGGUGAUACAGAAAGAUUUGCAAAAUUCAAGAUGUGUAUUGAAGCCCCACCUCAAAGAAAACAUAUGGUAUUUAUAGGUGGAUCAGUUUUGGCAAAUAUUAUGAAAAAUGACCGACGUACUACAUGGUUAACUCGUGCUGAAUACGAAGAAAAAGGCUUAAAAGUAUUAGAAAGACUAAAUUACUAUAAAUAACACUUUAUCAUAACCAUCCCAACAUGUUGACCACAGUGGAAUAUAUACACACUGAUUAACCUUGCCAAUUCAGGUUAACUUGCCUUCUCGGCUCACGAAUUAACUGUAACUUGUAUGUUUGUUUUUCUUUCCUUUACUCAGCAUAUUUCUUUUUAACAUUUUGUCACCCGUCUAUUUCUGGGAAAGAAAUACAAAUAAUUUAUUGUCAGAAGUUAAUUUGGAAAAAAUCCACUACACUCACUGUAUUCAUUAUACGAUAUAUAUAAUAAGCCAAUCUAAAUCUCCAACGCCGUGUGUAUAAAGAUUAUUUUUAUUGUUUAUACACUUCAAGUAUAGUGCAAAAAUAAGAAUGAUUUAUAAUUGAGCUGAAAUAAAUAAUGCAUAAUUGUUUGUGGUGCUUUCAUCAUUAUUUUAAUAACUUUUUUUUUGAAAAAAGAAAGAUUUCGGUGAAUGAGAAAUCUUUAUGUUACACAGAAACGUUAUAAUUUUUUUUGAAGUAGUAACCAUGUAUUGUUUCUUCAUUUCUCUUUCAUAAUAACUCGUAUAAUAUUCUGUAAGAUUAUUUGUUUAUUACUUUUUAUUGUCAUCUUCAGGGUGUGCGCAUAGCUGUGUAAAAAUAAUCCAUCAAUCAUCAUUCCAUUUGAAUAACUAAACACUUUACAACAUAUACUAGUCCUAACUUGCAGCCAUCAGUAGAUUUACAGCUGUUGAUUAUUUAUUGUUCGAGUGUUAAAUGGCUAGAGGUAGUUGGCAGAAAAACUUUGCACAUUGAUUGUGAGAAGUGGUGGGUUGCGAACGCAAAAGAGACGGAAAAGGCAAUAAGUAACAGUUGAAAACUGUUCAGACUUAUCAAGACAACAAGUAUUGAAAUUUCGGCUGUUGGUGAGACUUUAUCGGAAAAAGACUGGGACAGUUAUUCACUCAAUGCAGGAUAUUGGGUCGACGAGCAGAACACUUUAGAAGACAGUUCGAAUGGACCUCAGCUAUCUACCAUUUUUCAGUAACUUAAAUGACGAAUUGAUGAAAGUCUCCCAAAUCCAAAUUAGGUUGAAAAGGCUGUAGGCAAUGUAAGGCGAAGGAGAGCACCACGACCUGAUGAAUUAACCCUGAAGAUUUUUAAGGAUAGUGGUGGUUUUAGCACUUAGAUUAAAUGAGAUCAUAGAUAGAAUCUGGGAACUGGACGUAAUCCCUUAUGGCUAGUCUCAAUUACUGAUCGUCCCAGACUGUAAUAAGAGACGAAAAUCCUCCUAUGACAAUCACGGAGGAUUCAGUUUGAUCAGUAUAGUGUCUACAUUAUUAACACUGAUGAUCCUUUAAUGCUAAUUUACGGCUCGUAAAAAGCGAGCUCUUGGAAACAAGACUGGUUUCUAGCCUGGAUGUGGAUAUGUAGACUACGUAAUAACUCUUCCCCGGGUUUUAGAAAAUAGGCACCCAGCUACAGCUGUAUUUAUUGAUCUUGAGACAGCAUUCAACUCUGUUGACAGAAGUGUUUUGUGGUAAUGUUUGUCAUCGAAAGGCAUACCAAAUAAGUACAUCGACCUUGUACAGGCUCUCUACUCGAAGACCAGUGGAUGCGAUUCUCUCUCU